UCCUCCACAACCAUGAACGUCCUGGUGAUUGUUGGCGUCCUGGCCGCAUUCUGCAUUGCGGUCAUAAACGCUGCUCCUGCCCCAGAUGCCGAGCCUGGCCACUUUGGAGGCUUCAGUGGAGGUUUUGGAGGCUUCAGAGGAGGAUAUGGUGGCUUCGGGUACCGUGGGAAGAGGAGUGCUGAAGCUGACCCAGAGGCCGACGCUGAUCCUGAAGCUGAUCCCGGUCGCUUUGGUCAUGGUGGAUUUGGAAGUUUCGGAGAAGGCUUCGGAGGCUUCGGUGGAGGAUAUGGUGGAUACCGUGGAAAGAGGAGCGCUGAUGCUGAGCCUGAAGCAGAUCCCGGUCGCUUUGGCCAUGGAGGAUUUGGAAGUUUUGGAGGAGGCUUUGGAGGCUUUGGUGGAGGAUAUGAUGGAUACCGAGGAAAGAGGAGCGCUGAUGCUGAGCCUGAAGCAGAUCCCGGUCGCUUUGGUCAUGGAGGAUUUGGAAGUUUCGGAGGAGGCUUCGGAGGCUUCGGUGGAGGAUAUGGUGGAUACCGAGGAAAGAGGAACGCUGAAGCUGAUGCUGAGCCUGAAGCUGAUCCCGGUCACUUUGGUCAUGGAAGCUUUGGUGGUUUUGGAGGAAAUUUUGGAGGCUUUUGGGGAGGAUAUGGCGGAUACCGAGGAAAGAGGAACGCUGAAGCUGAUCCCGGUCACUUUGGUCAUGGUAGCUUUGGUGGUUUUGGAGGAGGUAGUUUUGGAGGCUUCCGACGCCCAUACCACGGUUGGCACACAUACGAGGAUUAUGGGGUGAUACAAAGUCAUUUUGAGGGUAAAAGCUCCCUCUGGGAGACCAGCAAAGGCACCAGCCACUCAUUUUCCUUGUUGGGCCAUAUGGACAGCCCCAUGCUUGUCAAAGAAGCUGUGGAUGUCAGCUUCGUCCGCCCACGAGGCGCUACCUUCAUCUUGACACAGUCGACCCAGAGAUCCUCCACAACCAUGAACGUCCUGGUCAUUGUUGGCGUCCUGGCCGCAUUCUGCAUUGCGGUCAUAAACGCUGCUCCUGCCCCAGAUGCCGAGCCUGGCCACUUUGGAGGCUUCAGUGGAGGUUUUGGAGGCUUCAGAGGAGGAUAUGGUGGCUUCGGGUACCGUGGGAAGAGGAGUGCUGAAGCUGACCCAGAGGCCGACGCUGAUCCUGAAGCUGAUCCCGGUCGCUUUGGUCAUGGAGGAUUUGGAAGUUUCGGAGGAGGCUUCGGAGGCUUCGGUGGAGGAUAUGGUGGAUACCGAGGAAAGAGGAACGCUGAAGCUGAUGCUGAGCCUGAAGCUGAUCCCGGUCACUUUGGUCAUGGAAGCUUUGGUGGUUUUGGAGGAAAUUUUGGAGGCUUCGGGGGAGGAUAUGGCGGAUACCGAGGAAAAAGGAAAGCGUUUUUUCUUAUUAAAUAUUUGAAAGAAAUAAAGUACAUUUUUGACUUUGUUCAAAGUGCAGGGUAG